GCAAGAAAGAGGGCUACCGCCGACCGUCCGCUAUUUCUACCCGCCUCUCUCUCGCCGUCAUCUCUUCGCUCCUCUUCUCGUUCUCGGAAAUCGAGGGUCCGAAGCCCGGCCCGACCUUUGAGAAUCGAGAGAGAGAUAGAGCCCUUCUUCGCAGAGAUGAAGUAUUUAACAAUCGCUAACGGCCAAAGAUUAUAGGUGGAAAUGCUGUGAUCCCGCCCAUCAGGAUGAUGGCUAUGUGGAUGAUGGUGACUCUAUCAGAGUCACCCUGCUUACUGUCAUCUCUGGCAUGAGCUUUACCUGGAUAUACCCUUUUGGGAAGUUGUAAAUUACUGCAAAUAAGCAGGCUUGGUGGAAGCAAGUCUGUUGCAUAGAAUUAACCAGUCGUUACUGUUCACUUUUGUUAAAAAAAUGGAAGUGAGGAGCGAAAAGGUGUUGGGUAAAAGCGGAAGAAUUUUAGGCAAUAAAAAGAGGAAGCGAGAUUCUGCUGCACAUUUAACUGAUUGUGGCGAUGUUUUGGUAUCGCAUCAGCCUGUUGCAGAUCAAUACCCUGUCAGAUGCCAUGAUGCGAGGGAAUGCAAAUUGGGCUUCAGCUGUUAUUCGGAAACACAUAUUGUUAAAAACUAUCGCAACUUUUUGAGGAGUGGAUUGCCACAGCGAGUGCUGUCUUACCAGGAUGGUGAAUGGAAAGAUUUUCCUGAGAAUAUCAUCAGUCUGGUCCGUGAAGAUUUUCAAUUAAAGAAGUCAAUUAUCGAAGCUAUGUUUCAGAACCAGCAAUUGUUGUUAGACUUUGUCCAUAUGGUUUGUGUAGACUUGAAAACAGGCCUGCAGAAGCCUAUUGCUUGGAUUGAUGAACAUGAUAAAUGCUUUUUUCCAGAAUUGCAUCCUGAAUUUUAUGCAUCAAAUGGAUGUCAUCAUUCUAGCAAAGGGAAACAUGUUCAUAUGAGUUGUGAGCCAAAUGGAACACGUGAUCUCAAUGCGCAUAUUGAGAUUGCUGUGAGUGCUGCUGAAAGCUCAAAUUCAGGACCUGAUGAUGAGGUAAUGUCUAAUGUCAAGAGGGUUAAGACUGAAACAAUUUUUGCCAGUAACCAGAAUAUGUAUGCCGAGGUCAAUGAAACAGUCGGAGAAAAUGAGCCAUGUUCUUUUGUCCCUCCAAAGGUCUCUGGUCUUGGAACUUCGCACGGAAAGUUGAUUAAACCUGUUGGUGCUCCUUGUGUCAACAAUGCUGUGCAAGAUAUGUUACUCCAGGGUUUGGGUCCCUUUAUCGAUGCAAAGGACAUUCUUGGUAUCUUCAGAACCCCUUUGAAAGAUAACUUGGGGCAGAUCCGCUUUAAUCUUUUUCAAAAGCAGGUUGACAUAACUAAGAAUAUCCGUGGCAAUGCAAAUGUCCGUUAUGCCUGGCUUUCUACUUCUAGGGAUGCUGUGGAAGAUAUUAUGUUGCAGGGGAUUAUGAGGAUAAAGAAGCCUGUGCAUGGACCUGUGUAUGGCAUUGGCACUCAUCUUGCACCAGCGAAUUGCUCCAAUAUCUGUGCUAGUUAUUCUGAUGUCGACGAAAAUGAUGUUGUCCAUAUGAUGUUAUGCCGUGUAAUAAUGGGAAAUGUGGAAGUCAUCCACCGCGGAUCAAAACAGUAUCAGCCCAGUAAUGAGAAGUUUGAUAGUGGUGUGGACGAUCUUCAAAAGCCAAAGCAUUAUGUUAUAUGGGAUAUGCACGUGAAUACUCACAUCUAUCCAGAAUAUAUUGUGGCUUUUAAAGUGUCUUCCACAGCCAGAGAAUAUUUGAUCGGUAAAGAAAGUAUAUCUAAUGCAUCUGCAAUCACAAAUUCAAGUCCACCUCAGAGCCUAUCGCAGGAUCAGGAUAGGAACCCUCAACCACCUCCAGCUUUGGUAAAUCAACCGCAAGCACCAGUGUUUGGUAGAGCUCCAAGAACUCCCACAUCACCCUGGAUGCCCUUCUCAAUGUUGUUUGCUGCAAUUUCGACCAAAGUGUCUCCGCAAGACAUGGACUUGGUUAAUACUCACUAUGAAGAAUUCAAGAAAAGAAAGAUAAGCAGGAUUGACUUGAUUAAAAAGUUGAGGCAGAUAAUCGGUGACAAACUGUUGAUAUCAACAAUAAUGAGACUUCAGCACAAGUACCGUGGGAAGAAAGAUAUCACAAGAAGCUGUCGGACUUGAGGCUCUUAUGGUGGAACAAAGGUAAAAAGGGGAUGAUCUCUGACAGUGAGAUGGGCAUGAUCUCUUGGAAUGCUGCCGGACUUGAGGCUGUCAUUGCCAUGCAAGGAGAUAAGGGUACAAUCUCUAGCAAUGAGACAAGCACGAUCUGUGGAACAUCACUUGACUUGGUGCUUUCAUGGUGGAAGCGAGGAGAUAGGACGGCAACCCUUAUCUUCUGCACUUUCUUUUUGCCAGUUGUGUAUCCAGCUUGUUUUUCUAAACGCAGGAGGAUAUGCCUGAUUGAGCGGAGAAACCGGCAUCUGUGGUUACAUGUUUGUCAUUUUGUACUUCUUGUGCUGCUAUUAUUGAUCGUUACUUUUAAAAAAAA